GAACUCGUUCCUGCUCCAACACAAAUCAUCAAAUAUUAAGAAAUUUUUUAUUCUUAAUAUACUUUUACAGUCUAACUAGUGCGCCAUAGAUACCAUUAAUUCUUCCAGUAAAAAUACAUGAUGAAACAAGUUAUCAUUUACUCGUCAUUCCUAUUUCUCUUUGUUUACCACUGCAAAGGAACAACUUUAGCUCACUCUCCAGCGCAAGCUCCAUCAAAACCCAUAGCUAAAGCCCCAGCAAAAGCUCAAACCUUAACCCCAACUAAAGCGCCAACAUCAUUACCAGUGCCAGCAGUCGAGCCGCCAUCUCAAGUACCACUCGUCCAAGCGCCACCCCACAAAGCCCUUUUCACCCCAACCGACGUCACCAAAAUCCUUGAAAAAGCCGGUAUCUUCAGUGUCUUUAUUCGCCUCCUUAAGAGUACCUCCGUAAGCAUUCAGAUUGAGAAUCAGCUCAAUGUAUCCAACACCCUAACCAUUUUCGCCCCAACAAACGGAGCCUUUGCAGCUCUCAAACCUGGUACCCUCAACACUCUCUCCACCGAACAAAAAGUCCAGCUUGUCCAAUACCACAUUCUUCCCACCGUAGUUUCGCUCCAAAACUUUCAGACUCUCAGCAACCCUGUACGGACACAAGCUAGCAAUACCAAUGACUACCCUUUAAACAUUAUUGUCGAAGGGAGCUUUGUCAACAUAUCGACUGGAAUUGUUAACACCACGAUUUCUGGUACUGUUUACGAGGACAAUCAGCUUGCUAUUUACAAGGUCGACAAAGUGUUGCUUCCACUAGGGAUUUUCGCUCCGAAUAAAACGAAAACAAAGCAGCUCGCACCUGCGCCAACACCAUUGAAGCCUUCUAAAGAUACUAAUUCUUCUUCUUCUUCGUCUUCGUCUUCAUCUUCGUCUUCUUCUUCGUCCGAAGAAUCCCUCAGCCCUGACGUUGCGCAAGGAGACAAGUCGAAGGCUCUUGUUCUGACCAAAAAUGAUGUUUUAAAUAUUGCAGUUGUUAUGAUCGCCGCAAUCUCUAUGUUGGGUCAGUUUUAAUUUUUCUGCACUACGUGCUGGAGACUAUGGUGUUGUCUCGGAAUUGAAAGCGGCCGGUGUGUGGCCAUGAGACUUUAAUUUCGCACUAUUCUUGUUGGUUGUUUUGUCAUGAUAUCCAUUAAUUUUCUGCAUUGUUUGAAUUGGAUGAAUGCAAUGAUUUCCUUUAUUUAUCUUUCAGAGAGAAGUCACUUGGUUACUUCAUUCGAAGUGCUUUGCAUAAAUUAAAAGAAAUGUGAUUACUUCAAAGUUAUUAA